CCACCUCUCUUCGCACAGUAUCCACAGAUAGAAAGCUAAGUACAUUAAUUUGACCAUCCCGAUCUUUUGUAUGAUCACGCGUCACCACUGUGAUCUGAUUUGACCUGGUUGGCAUGUUCAUCACUCCACCUCCACAGUAUCUGAUAUAUAUGGAGACCGACCUGUUUAAUGGACCCUUCUUCCCUCUGUUGUAUGUGUGGCUAGAGAAUGAACUGGAUGAUGAGGAGGACCAUGUGGAUCCCCAUGGAGACCAAUACAUCCAACAGCUAGCUAUGAAGCUGGGAGGGGGAGGAGGAGGAGGAGAAAGUGAGUCAGACGACUCUGAGAUGGCCCAGACUCUGACCGAGAUAGACUAUGAGACAGUCAUUGAUGACGAGGACGUCGUGGACGAGUUCUUGCUCUUCAAAAACACACUCCACACUCUGUCGCAGCAGGAUCCAGAGUGGUACUCUCUACUGACCAGUCGGUUGUCUCCGGAGCAGACGGUUCAGGUCCAAGAGUUCCUCGCCAUUGCCGACAAGAGAGUCGCUGCCAGACAGUCUCGAGCCAUAGAGCAGCAGGGAGGCUACCAGUUCAACAUCAGUGUUGUACCCAACACAUUUGCAUUCGGAGCCGAAGGUCCACCUUCUAACUCAUUUGGUGGACAGUCCUAGCAUUUUGUUAUGAUUAUUAUAUACCCCGGGUCUAAUAAUAUUCAUAGUACCACAAUGUUCUGUUUUGUGCUUUUUGUAUUAUAAUUAUUUUGUGCCUUGCAGUAGUUUCAAAGGGUAUAUACGGGAGUGUUUUGUUGGCUUGUACA